AGAUGAAAGUCAUACGCAGUCUCAAUAUCGUCGUCAUCGUUUUGGUUUUAGUCAAGUUGCUACCCGUCUCUCAAGGUUCAGGUUCGGCGCAAUGCAAAGCAUGGUUGGUCCAAUCAAUCCCCACAGACAUGCCCGGCCUCCAUCGUGUCCCUGGUGUCCUCUCCACCGCGGAUGUGUUCCGAUGGCUGGCGCGGAACUCAACACAGAGACUGGACAUAAUAGCUCAGUACUGGCAGUUUGUAGCCAAUCCUCAAGACCCUCACUCUGGAGAUUUUGGAUACUCAAAACACGACAUGAUGAGAUUUGGAGCUCACCAAGGUGCUUCUGUUUAUAGAGCCUUGGAUGAUGCUGCUAAUCGCAAUCUUUCUAUCAGGCUACUAUCACACUCGGGUGUAUAUCCUGACUACACCAAAGAACCUUCCAAACUUGCUUCAGGAAGGCCCAAUGUGAAGAAUGUCACUUUGUUACUUAGUGAUUGGUGGGGUUCUGGCAUUGUCCAUGCCAAAGUUUGGAUAUCAGAUCGGCGACAUGUGUAUAUUGGCUCUGCAAAUAAUGACUGGAAGUCUCUCACACAAGUCAAGGAAGUUGGAAUCUACCUUGCUGAUUGUCCCAAAAUAGCGAGAAAGGUUGAGACAUACUUUGACAACCUGUGGAAACUUGCAUCUCUUAAUCCUACUGCUUAUACAACAAAUGUAUCAGAUAAUCAGUGGCAGACUGAGAGACAAGUUCCUUGCUGGUCGCAUUUUGUGGAUUCCAAAGCGAGGUGUAGUUCACCUCUCCCUGGGAUUGUGGAGACUGACCAUGUAGCAGGAUACCCCAUACUGUCAGACCCUGAUAUGUUCAAAACUCAACUCCAGACUCCUGGACAUAAUGAUUCAAGUCUGCAACCUCAAUCCAGCUAUCUAUCUUUUGCUCCUCCAGAGCUGUCAUUUGGCAAGUACCAGGCAGAUGAACAAGCAUGGAUAGAUACUAUUACUUCUGUAGGACGUGGAGGGACUGUUAGGAUUAGUACCAUGGACUGGCUUGGUCAGUCCCAAUUUAUGGAGCAAACAAUUUAUUGGUCAUCCCUCUCCUCUGCAAUAUCAGAGGUUGUGUUUGCAAAGAAAGCAACAGUGAAGUUAUUAGUAGCACAUUGGGCACAUUUUAUCAGCAGCACAGAUCAGUACCUGAAAUCUCUCCUCUACUCUAAUGUUCUAUGCAAUUCAUCCGAGUAUAACCACUGUUCUGGGAAAGUUGAGAUCAAGUAUUAUAUGGUCCCGGGAUUCAACUCAACAGGACCUGCCAGUACUACUAAUGGUACUCAUACCGGAAAUAUAUACCCUGGUUACACCAGGGUUAACCAUGGGAAGUAUGCAGUAAGCGAUGUUCGAGCCCACAUUGGGACGAGCAAUCUUGUGUGGGAUUACUUCUAUACAACAGCAGGUGUCAGCUUUGGUACAAAUAACUCUGCCAUUGUUUCACAACUUCAACAAGUCUUUGAUGCUGACUGGGAUUCGGAAUAUGCUGUGCCAGUUGAAGAGUUGGGGGAAGGUAAUGCCUUUUCAAGCUGAUGAUGAGCAGUUGAAUGUGUCAUGGACAUAUGACCUGACAGUAGAAUGUAAAUGAAAGAUGUAGGUGGGGUUUGGAACUUUGGAUAGAUACACUUGGAAUUUGAACUCAUUUGUUCUUUGAAAGUUUGAUGGUGAAAUGAACCAGACAUUGUUUGUAAUUUCACUUCACUCGAAUAAGCAUACUAUUGUUGAGUUGUUAC